AUGCAGCCUCCCAGCACCGUCAUAGACCUGCAACGGUUGACUGGUCGACUGGCCGCUCUUAGUCGCUUCCUGAGCAAGGCGGCGGAUAAGACUGUGCCCUUCUUCGAGGCUAUGAAAAAGAAGGAGGGAUUCGCUUGGACCACCGAGUGUCAGCAGUCGUUCGAAGAGUUGAAACAAUAUCUCUCAACACCCCCGGUACUGUCUACUCCCCAGGCGGCCGAGCCCUUAUUUUUAUACUUAGCCACUUCCUCUAAGGCGGUGAGUUCGGUGCUAGUCCGAGAAGAAGAGCGCGUUCAGCACCCGGUUUAUUACGUAAACCGCUCCCUGAAGGCCGCCGAGUCGCGGUAUACCGCCCUGGAGAAGAUUGUAUACGCGUUGGUGAUCACCGUGCGAAAAUUAGCACCUUACUUCCAAGCCCACACCGUCCGAGUGCUGACUGAUCAACCGCUCGGGAGCGUCCUGCAAAACCCCUCGUCGUCCGGCCGACUAUGCACGGUGAGCGAAGAAGAAAAGGAACACGCCACGGAGAACAGUUUAGGCGAGUGGUGGGAAAUGCAUGCGGACGGAGCUUCGAGUCGACGACACUACGGGGGCGGAGUUAUGCUCAUCACCCCGGAGGGAUUCCGACUAUACUACGCCUUAAGCUACCUGUUCCCGACAUCGAACAACGAGGCCGAAUAUGAAGCUGUGCUAAAUGGUCUCCGACUCGCCAAGGCCUUAGGAGUCGAGCGAUUGAGAAUCAAGACCGACUCCAGGUUGGUGGUCGAGCAGAUCUCCGGUACAUGUGAGGCUAAGAAUACGCGGAUGACUUUAUAUAAAGAGCGAGCGGUCGAGAUGUUAAAGGAAUUCGGAGCCUACGAAAUAGAAUAUAUCUCCCGGGCGGACAACGUGGAAGCCGACAUAUUAUCCAAAAUCGCCUUGGAGGGAGUGCCGGAUCACCUCGUGAAGAUCUGCCAGAGGGAGGAAUUGGGCCGACCGAGUAUCGAGGAAACACCACUAGAGGUCCAGCAAGUGACAGACAAGGAAUGGGAUCGAGAGAAAAACCCUGAGAUGUUCUGGAUAGGGCGGUUCAAGGAAACAGACGAAUUACCGGAAGAUCCGGGAGUCGCCGCUAGGGUUCGACGAUAA